AUGCCAUCCACCGGAGCUCAAAUCCGGCCACAGCGCCCGCAGAGCGUCCCGGAGCCGCAGUUCUGCGCGAGGAAGGGGCGCCCAGGAGGCGCCGGGGCCGCCGUGUCCGGCACCCGCACCCAGCACCGCCGCCCCCUCCUCACGGGAGAGCCGGCGCCGCUCCGCCACACCACCCGCUGCAGCGCCGACCCCAUCAUCCCCCUGCCCCAUCCCGGAGCCGCGAAACAAAGGGAGCCGGGGAGUCCCGGGGGAGCUGUACCUGUGCCGCCGAAGGGCGCUGCCCGCCGUCCCGCCACCGCCCGCCGCCUCCCGCCCCGAGCCGCCGGCGGACGCUGCCCUGCCGAGGAGCCGGAGCCGAGCGAGCGGGGCUCAGCCCCAGCCCCUCCCCGCCAGCCCGCACGCCCGCCCGAAGGGGCGGAGGCGCCGCCGCCCGCCCCGGGCCCGCAGCGCCGCCCGGCGGGCACCGCUCCCCGCGCGGGGUCCGGGCUGCACCGAACCCACGGGAUCCGCCAACCCCCGGGCUGCACCGAACGCCGGGCUGCACCCGCUCCUCAGGCUGCGCUGAACCCCCGGGCUGCACCCGCUCCUCAGGCUGCGCUGAACCCCCGGGCUGCACCGAGAUCCCACACUACACCGAACCCCCGGGGCUGCACCGAACCCCCGCGAUCCCCCGCCCUCCUCACCUGGUCUCUCCCGCGCUUCAGACCCGCCCGCUCUGCAGUUCUUCAGUUCAUUUCUUUCACCCUCACCUUAAUCGUCAAAAACUAA